AGGAGAUGUUUCACUUUGGAUUGAAUCUAAGUUUAGAAUCAGUUUAUUGUCAAAGGGAGGCUAGGCCAAGUGACAAGAAAAUACCUCUGCUAUGAAUUGCUUUGGAAAUCACUUCUCUGAAUUUCCUGAGGAUGUUUCCUCACGCAACAUGCACUCCCCUCUGCUGCUUUCACUCAUGCCAUCUGAAGAUGAACAUUUUAUUUCCAACUUGAGGACCCACGCAUCAGCCCAGGCUGUGGUGAAACAGCCUGUCCGGGGAAGCAGUGGCCGGACCACAAUCACAACCAUUGUGCAGACUGGUGGAAACUGGAGCACCGGCCUCUUCAGUGUCUGCAGAGAUAGGAGGAUUUGUUUCUGUGGUCUGUUUUGUCCAAUAUGUCUUGAGUGUGACAUUGCUAGUCAUUAUGGAGAGUGUCUCUGUUGGCCAUUGUUACCUGGGUCCACCUUUGCACUGAGAAUUGGCACCAGAGAGAGACAUAAAAUACAGGGCACCCUAUGUGAAGACUGGCUGGCUGUGCACUGCUGUUGGCCUCUUUCCAUCUGCCAGAUGGCCCGGGAACUCAAGAUGAGGACCUCCCAACUCUACGAGAUAUAUUCAUCCCCUUCGACUAAUGAUACCUUUAUUUAAUAGAGCAAGAUAAUUCUUCCUCAAUCCCCAAAACCCUCCUCUUAAACCCAUCUUACUAGAUUGUUCUUGAGUUUUCACUGAAAUAUUAUAAAAAUAAAUGAUAUCACC